AAGAUGAAGUUAAAGAUUGGAAUAUUCCUUUCAUUGUUUGUUAUUGCUGGAUGUAUACUAUCGUUCUCGUUCGCAUGGUUCCAGAUCACACGUAAGCCCACAUUUAAGAAAGACCAAGCUGAUGCAUCCUUCUACUGGUUGAACUACAGGUGUCAGACUUCAUUCUCAGUAAGUACAUCACUCAAUCACUCAAUCACUUCAAUCACUCAAUCAUUACUCAUUCAUUCAAUCACAUUUUGUGAUUCAAUUGUUAUUUCCAAUGAGAUGACAAAGACUGGCCAGAUAUUUAGUACCAGUCUGUCAUUCCUCACUAUUGGUACUGCAUUGGCAUUGGCCACCUGUUUGCUGCAGUUGAUCAUCUUCCUCUCGCCAAAGGCCUGCCGCUCAUGCAUGUGGAAGAUGAUGUGCAUUGGAUGUGCAUGUGGAACCGUCGCCACACUGUUUAUCGCCUUCUUUGCCAUCUUUGGCCUGCCCAGCGCCUUCAACAACGACGAGCUUACCACCUCCUACUGUCGCGACCGCUGGUGCAGCAACAUCUAUGGUCAGGACAACCUAUACAGGUGGAUGCCCGGCGGAGGCUGGUGGGCAGCCCUCGGUGCCUGUUUCCUUGCUCUUUGCUCCUGUCUAUUCACUGUUGCCAGUCAUCGAUAG